CCAGGCCCCUGCCUCCCCAGAACAGAGGAGAGACCACAGCUGUGCCUGGUGAAGCAGCUUUCAUCGGUAUAUCUGUUCCCAAAAGACAUUGAUGCUACCUCCAGGUUUCAGUGGAAGCUCUCCCCUCUAUUAGUCAUUCCUGCAUGUUUCUGCCAGUCACAUCCAGAUGAAUCCUUUUUUGUCCUGGAAUAGAUGAGCAGUCACGCAGAUGAGUUCCCUUUGACUGAACAUAGCACUCGGUAGGGAACAAGUCAAUGGUGUGAUGCUCUUUUUCAGGAAUGCAGAGCUACAUUUCACCUCUGUUUCCCGUUUUUGGGACUGAAGAGACUCCAACAUGCGAUCAAUAAGCACCUUGGUGGCAGAGCCGAGCUGAAGCCUGAAGAGCUCCAGAUGGACAUUUGCAGACACCUUGCCAAAGAAAAUGCAGAACUGCUGGAGAACUUGUACAGCACAACCAUCGCGUCCUUCAGUAGCAGCUGGGAAGGGAUCCGGGCAGGUGCCGCCAACUUAGCUGGCAUCAUCCUGGAACACACAGACACUCAGCGUAUGAAAUGGCUGGACCUGGAACAUCUGCUGAUGUCUCUCCAGGUCCUAGAGAAAGACCCAAGUCCCACUGUCCAGCUGGUGGCAACUGAGCUCAUAAGUGACAUCUGUCCUGGCCGAGCGCUUGGCGAAUGAAGCAGAACGGAGACCAACAGAACAAGGCGCUCCAGUGGUAUAAGGGCCCUACCAUCAAUCAAAUGUUAACCUCACCCCUUGACCCCGGCAGCAAGAUGUGUCAUGUGACCCCUCUAAGAACUCCUCCCACUGCCAUCUACCGAUCAGGGUGGGUUUCGCCCCAAUAGGAAUGCCCCGAGGGAAGACUUGACCAAUCAAGGGGAGUUCC